AUGUCGACCUCAGCACAAUCGGCGACACCUGGUCUAGCGCACCGCUCCAUCUCCAAUAUACGCUCUGGUGCUGGUCCGCAGGCUGGUCCGCCCAGCCCACACACUCCGCUUCGUGGCACGACGUCUGCAUUUGGGUCGCCUUCCACUCUCCGCGCUGAAGAGGAGACAAUUGUGAUCGAGAUAGGGACGCGUUUCGUCCGAAUUGGCGUCUACGAAUACCGAGAGAUCCGCCAUACGAGGAGCACAAGGAGCGGCAAGAUGCUUGUACACGAAGUGCAUGAACUUUUAGCCUCGGCGCGCAAGAGACCGCCGACGCGGCUUGAAACCUCGGAUGCAGAUGGAGUUCGGCGCUCAAUUCGUGUCUUUGGUUUCGACGAGUGCGAAGAUAUUGCCUGUCGCAUGACGUGGUGUCAGCAGCUUGACCGCGCCGCGGUUCCUGAGAAUGAGCCAGGACUGGCAACUGUGGAGGAACGGGACGAAUUCACCUCUUUGACCCAAGACGAAGUCAGACAGCACCAUACGGUCAGGAAUAUGCAUCUAGGCAUGUCGUCUUGUUCGCCCCCUGAAAUCAUCGAGCUCCCAUUCCAACGCCUAUCAGAGCCUUGCGAGAAUACAUUUGUGGCCCCUCAGUACACGCCAAGCAGCUUUGAUGACGACGAAUUGCCCAUUCCCCUACUUAUCUAUCGCCACUUAUUAUCGCUGCCUAUCGAUGCGCGCGCGGUCAGUAUGUCGCGCAUCAUCUUCACAGGCGGGUGUUCCAACAUUCCCGGUCUUCGCAAGCGACUGUCAGAUGAACUGUCUCGUCUGGUAGGCCUGUGGGGCUGGGAUCCAGUUCACGGCGAUGGUGCACAACAAGUCAAGGCUAAAGCGAAGCAUAGUAAAAGCCGGAGCCGUGCGCAUGCACAAGCAGCGGCGGUGGGAGAAGACGGGCAAAAGGAUGACGUCUGGCAUGACGCUGCCAACGCAGUUCCGGAACAUGACAGUGUACAACAGCUUCUGCAGCGAACUGGAAACCCUCUCGAAAGCUUACAGGGCAGCGUUCGAGUGCUGGAAACAUUAGGACCCUGGGCUGGGGCCAGUAUGAUUGCCCACCUUAAAGCAAUGGCGGUCGCAAACAUUGACCGUGAAGCGUGGCUGCAGCAAGGUGUCGCUGGGGCCACUCGCCCUGGGGAAGUUGACGUGAAAGCGCAACAACGGCAGAGCCUGGGACCUGGGCUCAUGCGCGGUGCCUCGGUGGGAGGCUCGGCAAGCUGGACCCUGGGAGCUUGGGGAGCUGUGUAGAUGCGGUAGUAAAAUAAACACCACUAGUUGAGAACCCC